GGCGUGAGUGUGUGUCUGCUUGACGUUCGCAGUGACAGACGGUUGACGUUCGCUGCGACAUACGGUUGACGUUCGGCGUGUUGAGGCAGGCUUGAGAUCGUCAUCGACACACGCUUGACAUCGUCAUUGGCACACGCUCGACGUCGUACUGCCGCGGGACCAAGAAGCGACUCCAGCGAUCCGCCUGAGCCAGCCAGCCAUUCGAUCCGGGUCCGCCAGUCGCAGCAUCGAUCCGCGCCCAAGGUCGACCUCUCCCUUCUUCAUCGACAGCUCGGGGUGCUCGCAUUGUCGCACGCUCGACUUCCUCGGUAUACGAACACGCGUGGUCUCUGCGCGCCCGCGUCCGUUCUCGGUAUACAAGACACCCACACCGACCCUCGCAAUCCCUAGCACACGCCUCCGCCUUCUCCCCUCACUCCCUCAACACACACCACCUCUCACCUCUUCUACAACAACCUCAUUCCACCAUGCGCGCCCUCUACUCCCCCGACCGCCUCCCCGUGCGCAUCAUCGCCUCCGGUACCGCGAUCAUGGUCGGCCUCUGGCUGCUGGCGUCCGUAUUUAGGCCGUUUGGCCCCCCACACCCCGCCCUCUUCGACCACCCACCGCCUCCGCCCCCGCCCCCGCCGCCCUUUGUACCCUUGCACGAACCCGUGCGACCGCCGCCGAGUCCUGAAGAAGCGAAGACCUGGGCCGACCGCGCCGACCUGGUGCGGAACGCGUUCGUGCACGCGUACAACGGCUACCGCCGCCAGGCCUUCGGGCACGACGAGGUGCGGCCCGUGAGCGGGAAGACGGUGGACGGCUUCAACGCCUGGGCCGUCUCCGCCGUCGACGGGCUCGACACGAUGUGGUUGAUGGGGUUGGAGGACAUGUUCGAGGAGGCCAUCGACCUCGUCUCGCAGCAGACGUGGGGGAUGGGGGAGGUGGGUGGACGUGGUUUUUGCGUGUUUGUGGCAAGGUCUCGUGCUAUGUGUAUUCGAGCUCUCGUUAUAUGUGCAUACUGCGACUUCGCUCUCGUCUGGCGUGCAUACUGUGCCUUCGCUCUCGGCUGGCGUGUAUACUGUGUGCUACCCUCCCCCCCCCGCUUUGUCAGCUUGUUCGCGCCCCCCUAACCCCUUCGCGCCUC